GAAUUUAAUAUUGCUAUGUUGGCUAAAAGGGUUGGAGGCUACUACAAAAUCCGGGGAGUCUCAUGAGGCGGAUUGUCAAGGUAAGGUAUUUUCCUAAUUCUGAGUUUCUAAAAGCUAAACUGGGUAAUAAUUCAUCUUCUAUCUGGCGAAGUAUUUUUGAAACUCAAGAUAUUUUGAGAAAGAAUAUUAGACGCCGAGUCGGGCAUGGAAGGGACGUGCAAGUUUGGGCGGAUGCGUGGCUACCAGGACCGGGGGAUGGAAAAAUACACUCAGCUAAACCGGUAGGCAUAGCUGACAUGAAUGUAGCGGCUCUGAGGGAUUUUACUGUCUUCAGGAAAAGGAAGAUGGCUUCUGGUGGUCCAAGGAGAAAAAUGGAAUUUUUACUGUUAAAAGUUGAUAUAGAGCAUUGAUGCAGGGUGCGGAAGUCGGGGGUGGGAUUGUUGAAAGGAUUUUUGGGACCUAAAAAUCCCACGAAAGUUUAAAUAUUUUAUUUGGCAGGUUCUUGAUGGGUCUCUUCCAUCACUUGUUAACUUGGAAAAAAGGGGUGUACUGUUACAAAAUAUGUGUAAAGCUUGUUUACAGGAAGAGGAAACAACGGAUCACGCUCUUCGGACUUGCUUGAAGGUGGCCGAGGCCUGGACUACACCGGGAGUGAAUGCGGGCAACGGCAGCGACCCGUUAGAGAUUUGGCUGCAAAACUCCUUUCGGGGCCGGAUAAAGAGCUCAGAUGCAAGGUGGCGAUGUUGGUUUGGGGUCUUUGGAAACUGCGGAACUCGCUUGUUUGAAACGAAGAAUGGCAACAGGCGGCCGGGCUGAUUAACUAUUGCGCGAGCAUGCUGCGGACGUGGCACGAAGCUCAACAGCUACAGGUGAAGGUUAGCAGCAGCUCGAGAAUGGAAGAUGCGACUUGGAAGAAGCCGCGGGUGGGCAGGAUCAAAGUCAAUGUGGACGCCGCGGUGGACUUAGCAGGGGGCAUUAGAGCGUGGGGUUUGGUGGCAAGGGAUGAUAGCGAUAAUUUGUGAAAGCGGGUGGGUUUUCAUGCAAGGCGAACUGGACUCCGGCGGAAGCAGAAGCUUUUGGUCUAAGGGCG